AUGGCGAUUCGUGAGGAUCUCGUGGCAUCUGCCGACCCAAGUGUCUCUGCAUCACCCUUAGAGAAUCGAAUCGCGUUUUUACAAUCCAAGAACCUUACACAGGAGGAAGUAGAUGCGGCAUUAGGGAGAGCCAGCGGCGAACAAUCACCAGCACCACAAAACUAUUCGAAUUAUCCGCCACAACAGCAAGUAGUAAGACAGCCUCCACCUGCAUAUGGAGGAUAUCAACAAUACCCAUGGCAACAGCUUCCGCCACCGGAAGUACCGAAACGGGACUGGAGAGAUUGGUUUAUCAUGGCUACAGUGACAGGUGGCAUAGGAUACGGGGCAUAUUUCCUAGCUAAGCGUUAUAUCUAUCCAAUAAUUGCUCCUCCUACACCUCCGCAACUCGAACAAGAUAAAAAGGAGAUUGACGAUUCCUUUGAAAAGGCAUUUUCUCUUCUUGAUCAGUUAGCAAAAGAUACCGAAACCCUCAAGACAUCUGAGCAAGAACGAACGGAACGAUUAGAUAUAGCGUUAACCGAAGUCGAAACAGUUAUUAACGAGUUAAAAUCUGCGAGCCGAAGAAGGGAUGACGAAUCUCGACGCAUGGGCGACGAAGUCAGGGGGCUCAAGGAUUUAAUACCCAAAGCUAUGGAAGGACAAAAGGAGGUGACAGAUACCAGGUUAAAAGAAUUGGCCGUUGAACUGAAGAGUUUGAAGACCUUGAUGGGUCAAAGAAUGAAUCCGUCUUCGACCAUGAAUCCAUACAACAGAGCUCAGAGUGCAGCUUUACCCUCGGCUCCUUCUCCAAUCAGCGCAACUACCCCUUCCAGCAAUCCAACUCCUGCCGAAGAUUCCCCAACUGAAAACAUCACUCCUAGACCAGCAUCAGUCAGUACUAGCUCAGGUACCGAGGCCGUAGCAUCUGUCCAAGGUCGAAAUGCCACUCCGUUCAGCUUCACUACUGGUGCGCCAGCAGGAGGAGCAAAGAUUCCAGCUUGGCAAAUGGCAGCUGCCAACAAGAGCACUAGCGCUAUUCCUACUACUACCACUACAAAUGGUACACCGGAGACAAGCGGACCAGCUCAGGUAUAG